UAUUUGAUAUCUUGAAUUACAUCCUCUCUACUCCUUGACGAAUUAUUUUGUUUCAAUUCCGUUCCAUAUUGACUUAAUGGCUGCCUAUAGUGUUGUAAUUUCUCUUCUUCAAACUCUUAACCAACGAAAUCCAGAACUCUUUUAUAGUCGCACUGCUGAAGCGCUCGAUUCUGUUCGUUCUACUGCUGAAUAUUUCCAAAACGUUCUUGAAAAUGCUAGCAAGAGUAGAUUUGACACUGAAAAGAUCAAAUCUUUGGAGGAAAAAAUAAGAGUUGCUGUUAGUUAUGCAGAAGAUGUUGUUGAGAUGAAAAUUUCUCAGAUCGUCAGAGGCUCAAGCUGGACAUUUGGAAUUUUACAACACCAAGAUUUGCUACCACUUUUUGAAAAAAUGGAUACAACAAAGAAACAAGUGAUGGAGAUUGUUUCACAUCAUGCUGAUCAAGUUCUUGAAUUAUAUGGGGAUUCCUUGAUUGGCACUUAUUCUACUCGUUAUCCAAUGUUGGAAGAUGAUAUUGUGCAGGGACUUGAUGAUGACUUGGAGAUCAUAAUUAAUAGAUUGAAAGGACGACCACGGGAUCUAGACGUUGUCACAAUAUCAGGCAUGGGUGGCAUUGGCAAAACAACACUCGCUAAAAAAGCUUAUGAUCAGGUAACAAUCAGGUAUCACUUUGACAUUCUUGCUUGGGUUACAAUAUCUCAAGAAUUUCGAGCUAGAAAUGUAUUGUUAGAGGCUUUACAUUGUAUUCCAAAGAAAUCAGUUAGUGUGAAUGCAAAAGAUUAUAAUAAAAUGGAUGACAAUCAGUUAGCAGAGCUGGUGCAAAAGAGCCUAAAGGGUCAAAGAUACCUUUUUGUUGUUGAUGAUAUUUGGAGUACGGAUGUCUGGGAUAGCCUAAGACGAAUAUUUCCUGAUUGUAACAAUAGGAGUCGAGUCUUAUUGACUACUAGGGAAACCGAGGUAGCAAUGUAUGCAAAUACUUGUAGCCCUCAUAAGAUGAGGCUUUUGAGUUUAGAAAACGGUUGGAGGUUACUCUGUGAUAAGGUGUUUGGACCAAAACGUGAUCAUCCUCCUGAAUUGGAAGAAAUUGGAAAGGUAAUAGUAGAAAAAUGCCAAGGACUACCUUUGACAAUUUCAGUGAUUGCGGGACAUCUUUCUAAAAUAGCUAGGACAUUGGAAUGUUGGAAGGAUGUUGCCCGAAACUUAAGUGAAAUCAUUGCUAGUCAUCCAGAUAAAUGCUUAGGAGUGCUCGGUUUGAGUUACCACCACUUGCCUAAUCGCCUCAAACCUUGCUUUCUUUCCAUGGGUGAUUUCCCAGAGGAUUUUCAGGUUGAGACUUGGAGAUUGAUCCAAAUAUGGAUUGCAGAAGGUUUCAUAAUUAGGACUUUUGAAAAUGGUAAAACUUUGGAGGAAGUGGCGAUAGAUUAUUUGGAGGAUCUUAUUAGCAGGAACUUGAUACAAGCUAGAAAAAGGAGAUUCAAUUGUGAGAUAAAAACAUGUGGAAUACAUGAUCUACUGCGUGAGUUUUGUUUGAUAGAAGCUGAAAUGACAAAGCAUAUGCAUGUUGAGAGAACUCGCCCUACUCUUCCAACACAAAGGCACAAUGCCCGUCACUUCAGUUUUCAACCCAGAUUUUAUCCAUUUGCUGAUUUUUCUGAGAUAUUACCCACUGUUGCAAGAUCUAUUUUCUUAUUUUCUCACUUGGAUCAACCUCUUGAACCCUAUAUUAAGCUUCUCAUGAUAUUGCCCAUCUACCGUCAUAAUCAUAUAACACAUGAUUUUUUCUCUCGUUUCAACCUUCUCAGGGUAUUAGCCAUCUUCAAUACAGAUGUAUGGUUCGAGUCUUUUCCACUUGUGAUUACAACGUUAUUUCAUUUGAGAUAUCUCCAAUUUCCAUUUCACGUCAAAAUUCCUGGCUCAAUCUCAAAGCUUAACAAUUUGCAAACUCUAAUUUGUAGUGGUCAUACUUUACCUAGGGAGAUAUGGAUGAUGAAGAACUUGAGGUAUAUAUGUCUGGAGGUACCCUCUCAUUUACCCAGUCCUAGAAUAGGAAGUCUUGUGACAGGGAUGUCAAACCUAGAGGAACUUUCUGGUGUUUGUUACUUCAGUUGUACAAAGGAAGUCUUUUCUGGCAUUCCAAAUCUAAAAGUCUUGAUCAUUCAUUUACCUCAUAUCUCGAAAGGAAUUCCCCAUCAUCAAUUGGAUUUGUCCGGAUUGACAAAACUCGAAGUAUUCAAGUUAUACGGGGCACCUUAUUUGAGAGAUCCCAUCAAGAGAUUUGGUUUUCCAACAUCACUUAGGAGGUUGUCUUUAAGUCAGUGUUGCUAUUUUGAUUGGGCAGACCUAUCAUCAACUGCUAUGAUGUUGCCAAAUCUUGAAGUGCUCAAACUUAUACAUUAUGAACCCUUGAGUAAUGAAUGUAGAUUGAGUGAUGAAUGGAGAAUGAGUGAUAAAGAUGUGUUCAAAAGCUUGAAGUUGUUGUUACUGAGUGGCACAAAUCUUAAGCAUUGGGAAGCUAGCAGUGAUAAUUUCCCAAUUUUAAAACGCCUUGUUCUGAAGAAGUGCCGCCAUCUGCAAGAAAUUCCAGCAGACUUUGGGGAAAUUUGUACUUUGGAGUCAGUUGAGUUACAUGAUUGCAGCGCUACUGCUGAGGAUUCUGCCAAAAAUAUUGAACGAGAACAAGAGGACAUGGGAAAUAAUAUCCUCAAGGUUUACAUCAUCCAUAACAAUGACUGGGACUGUUGCUUAGUUUGAGGGACCAUCUAAUGUCAUCUUCCAAAUGCAGAAUGUUUUAGUUUAUAUUAUGAAAAGUAAAAUCUUUCGAUUUUAUGUUCUGAUCAUUUGUAAAUUCAUGUUUUUGAAAUAAGCAUGUUUAAUACAUGUCUGGCCCAUUUGUGAUUUUGUAUUUCCCAUCUACCACCGUGAUCCUAUAAUACAUGGUUUUUCUCUCAUUUCAACCUUCGUAGGGUAUUGGCCAUUUUCAAUACAAAUGGAUACUUCAAGUCAUUUCCCCUUGUAAUUACAAAGUUGUUUCAUUUGAGAUAUAUUCAAGUUAGAUUGAACUGAGAUAUUCCUGUAUGAAUCUCAGAGCUUCAAAAUCUUGAAGGGCUCAAACUUCGUGUAGUGAUUUUUUCUCUGGGCAGACAUAUAUCCAACUGGUAUGAUGUUGCCAAAUUUUGAAGAGCUCAAACUUAAACAUUGUCAAACCUUGAUUGAUGAAUGGAGAUUGAGUGAUGAAGACAAGCUCAAAAGCUUGAAGUUGUUGAUUGUUGUUACUGAGUGGCUCUGAUCUCAAGUGUUGGAAAGCUAGCAGUAAUAACUUCCCAAAUCUAAAACGCCUCAUACCGAAGAAGUGCUACAGGCUGAAAGAAAUUCCAGCAGAUUUGGCGAAAUUGGUACUUUGGAGUCAAUUGUGUUACACGAUUGCAGCAUUACUGCUGAGGAUCCUGCAAGAGAGAUUGAACAAGAGCAAGAGGACAAGGGAAAUUAUUCCCUUAAGGUCUACAUCCGUAACAGUCGCAGUAAGUUUUUAAUCUCUCCAAAAAGUUGUUCGAUUCUUCACAUUAUUAAUUACCUCUUUGAAAUUAAGAUGAUGACUUCUACUUUAUAUCUUGCCUAUGGAGUACAUGAAUCACUGGUUUCACACUUGAAUCUGUUUUCGUCUGUUCAACUAUGUAAGUGUUUUUCGUUGAUGACUGGUGCUUUCACGCGUUGUUCUACAAAUGGGAAUCUCACUAAUCAGAUGAAAAUGGGAAUUAGAGUUUAGGACCAAAACGAUCACAUAUUACAUACAUUAAGGACUAUUUUAAUAAAGUGGUAUAUAUAAAGGAUCAAAGAAUCCAAACCCCAUACAUUAGGGAUCAUUUUGAUCAA